UCUUAAAUGACCACUCUUUAGCGGAAGCAAUCUUCCAUUGUUGCUUUUGAAAUCUCAAAUUCAAUCCAUUACAUCUCGCAUAAAUGGCUUCUACAAGUUCUUCUUCAUCUCCUAUUCACUGGGAUGUCUUCUUGAGCUUCAGAGGUAAAGAUACACGAUAUCAAUUUACUGCUCACUUAUACGAUACCCUAAAUCGGGUAGGCAUCCAAACGUUCAUUGAUUCACCUGAGCUAGUCGUAGGCGAAGACAUCUCGAGCCGUUUGCUCAGGGAUUUAAGACAAUCAAAAAGUUAUAUUAUUGUAUUCUCCCAAAAUUAUGCUUAUUCACGUUGGUGCCUCGAUGAACUUGUAGAGAUUCUAGACUCUUCCAAGGCAGAGUCUAAACUGAUUUUACCCGUAUUUUACUACAUUAAUCCAUCCGAUAUGCGUCACCAACGAGGAAGCUUUCAGGAAGCCUUCAAGAAACAUGAAGUUCGUUAUUCUGUUGCCAUAGUGAACAAGUGGCGUGCUGCACUAAUACAUGCUGCUGAGCUUUCAGGGUACCAUGUUAAAGGGGAAACGUCUGAAGCAGAUAUUAUCAAUGAAGUUGUUAAGAAUCUUCAGCACAAGCUUCAGAGGAUGUCUUCUAUUCCUCCGAAAAGUCCUUCCUCUCCUAUUCGCUGGGAUGUCUUCGUGAGCUUCAGAGGUGUAGAUACUCGAAAUUUAUUCACUGCUCACUUAUACAAUGCCCUAAAGCGGGUAAGAAUCCAAAUGUUCAUGGAUACUCCUGAGCUAAUCGCAGGUGAGGACAUCUUGAGCCGUUUGCUCAGGGAUUUAAAAGAAUCAAAAAGUUAUAUUAUUGUAUUCUCCCAAAAUUAUGCUUCUUCAAGUUGGUGCCUCGAUGAACUUGUAGAGAUUCUAAGGUCUUACCAGACAGAGCCUAAACUGAUUUUGCCAGUAUUUUAUUACAUUAAUCCAUCUGAUGUGCGUAGACAACUAGGAAGCUUUCAAGAAGCCAUCAAGAAACAUGAAGUCCGUUUUCCUGUUGACAGAGUGAACAAGUGGCGUGCUGCACUAACAGAGGCUGCUCAGCUUUCAGGGUACCUUGUCAAUGGGACAACGUCUGAAGCAAAUAUUAUCAACGAAGUUGUUGAUAUGCUUCUCCACAAGCUUAAUCCCGUGACUUUACCGAGCGCCAGGUACCCGGUUGGUAUAGAUUCUCAUGUAAAAGACCUAACAAGGUUGUUAAAUAGUACUGCUACUACUGUAGGUGUCACUGUCAUUGGUCUGUAUGGGUUGGCUGGAGUAGGCAAAACAACUCUUGCCAAAUCUCUGUAUGAUCAAAACUUUCACCACUUCCAGGGCUGCUGCUACUUAGCAGGGGUUGGGGAGGUUUCACUGAGACCAAAUGGGCCAGAAAGUUUGCAACAGCAACUUAUAGCUGAUGUUCUAAAAGUUGAGCAAUUCAAAAUUCAUAACGUUGGGCAAGGAAAGGAGUUGAUAAGAGAAAAAAUGCGUUCCAUAAAAGUUCUCAUUGUUAUUGAUGAUAUAGACCACCAGGACCAGUUGGAAUUUUUAUUAGGACCAUUCGCCUCUGGGAGUAUGGUAAUCAUAACGACAAGAAACGAAAGUCUACUGGAUGCAAUUAAAGUAAAUAUCAAGUACCAGGUACACAGAUUAAGUGACGAUGACUUGCUGCAACUAUUUACCCAAGUUGCCUUUGGGAACACUCAACCAUCUAACACUCUAAUGGAGUUGUCUAAAAAAGUUGUGAGUUAUGCUGGUGGGAUUCCACUUGUUCUUCAGGUUUUUGGCUCACUUCUUUAUAAUGUUCCUGAGGAGCAGUGGAGAUAUAUUAUUGCGAAAAUGCAGCAAGAGUAUGAUAGUGGCAGUCAAAAAGUGCUCAAGAUUUCAUUUGAUGAACUAGGAACGGAUGAUUUAAAAAAAAUGUUUCUUGAUAUUGCUUGCUUUUUUGUUGGAAAUAACAAGGAAGAUGUUGUUAAGAUAUUAAAGACUUAUUAUGGAUCUGUUGAUGAUUGCAUCAACAUUCUAAUCAAAAGAUGUUUACUCACGAUCAAUAAUGAAAAUCAGCUGAUGAUGCAUGAUCUGAUCCGGGAUAUGGGAAGGAACAUUUCCUGUAAUUAUACAUCUCACGAGCCUGGAAAUCAGAGUAGAUUGUGGGUAUUGAAUGAUAUACGGAAUGUGUUGAUGAAAGAUCUGGCAACGGAAGCCAUUGAAGGCGUCAUCCCUAAUGGCAGCUCAUAUGAUGGUGAAUUUUCUGCUGUAGAAUUGGCUACUAGUACAUUUAAAAAGAUGCAUAAUUUAAGAUAUCUCUACCUCGAAGAUGCAAGUAUCACAGGAAGCUUUGAACAAACAUUUGUAAAUUUGAGCUGGCUCCGUUGGUCCAAAUGUCCUCUGCAGACACUACCUUCUGACUUCUACCCGCAGAAACUUGUUAUACUUGAGUUGCCUCAUAGCAAAAUAAACAUAUGGAAUUUGACCAUGGUACUAGAUAACUUAACAGUUUUAGAUUUAUCACAUUCAUGCGACUUGGAUACGACUCCAAAUUUUACCAUGCUGCCUUCUCUAGAGACUCUAUAUCUUCGGGGUUGUAUAACGUUGAUGGAAAUUGACGAAUCAAUUGGAAGUUUGGCGAGGCUUACGUCCUUAGAUUUGAAUAACUGUAAAAAUCUACGAAGCCUUCCAGACAGCAUCUGCAACUUGACAGCCCUGAAAAGUCUGGAUAUUCUUGGUUGCACUAAUCUGAAACCAUUGCCAAUGGGAUUGAGGAGCAUUGAAUCAUUAAACGUGCUCAAGGCCUCCGUACAUAAUAUUUCUAAAUUACCAGGUACAGCAGGAGGUUUAGCUCAGCUUGUUAAUUUAUUUGCCAAGGCCAAGUAAUAUGGUGUUCUGAAGCAAAGUUUAUGUCUGGUACCUAUGGUUUCGUGAGUUCAAAUAAAGAGACUAGACUAUGUCCAUAUUGUAUUUCCAAUAUGUAAAUACUUUGUACGUGUGAUUUACAUCGACCCAGAAAUAUUCUUCAGUGGCUCUUGUAUUUGAAAGUCUCCUGCCCAGUUUAUGCAUCUUAAAAUUGGUGAAAUCAUGCAUUUCGGAGAACAUAUAACCUUCCAGUUCAUUAAGAGAAUCGAGCCAUUGUUCUAUGGGUUUCUAUACAUUUCCUUGAAACACA